CUUGCCAUGUAAGCUUCAAACGCGUCACAACUUCCAAAUCUCAUCUUACACACACGCGCUCCUUCUUCCUUUUCAAACUCUCCCAAACUAAAAUUUGAACCUAACCAAGAAAAAACACAAACACUGUUGCUCCAUAAAAGAUACUAAUAAAUAAACAACAAACAUUACCUCAACCAAACGCAAGAGACAAAUAAUACUACAACAAGAAAUUGUGUUUUCUAUUGUUGGAAAUCUUGAGAAAAUUUAUUUAGAUCUAAAAAUAAAUACACAGUGUGAAGCUAUGAAGUUAAGAGAUGGAAGUGGAAUCACUUUGUUAUUGUUAUUGUGCUUAACAAAUCUUUCUCUAAAAUCAGAGGCUGUGUGGUUAACCAUUCCCAGUUCAGGAACUAAAUCUAAGUGUGUGUCUGAGGAAAUUCAAACACAUGUGGUCGUUUUAGCUGAUUACUAUGUUGUUUCUGAUGAAGGUCAACACACAAUUACUGCAAAGGUAACAUCUCCUUAUGGAAACGAGCUGCACCAUAAUCAAAAUGUAACACAAGGGCAGUUUGCAUUUACAUCAACCGAAAGUGGAAACUAUGUGGCGUGCUUUUCGAUGGAUGGUACACAACAAGAAGGUAGUGCAAGUGUCAGCCUUGAUUGGAAAACUGGAAUUUCAGCCAAGGAUUGGGAUUCUGUUGCAAAGAAAGAAAAGAUUGAGGGCGUUGAACUUGAAGUCAGGAAGCUUGAAGGAAUAGUGGAUGCCAUCCACCAGUAUCUAAUUUAUUUGAAGGAUAAGGAAGCAACAAUGAGGGAAGUGAGUGAAAGAACAAAUGCUAGAGUGGCUUGGUUUAGCAUCAUGUCUCUUGGUCUCUGCAUUUUGGUUUCGGCAUUGCAGAUUUGGUAUCUGCAGAGCUACUUUCGAAAGAAGAAGCUGAUAUAGAUAUUGCUUUCGAAAGAAGAAUCUAUUUUUUCUCAAGUUUUUGAGAAUCGAGUAUGAUCAAGUAAUUAAGUUUUCUCAAGUUUGUUGAAGCAAAAGGAUACUUAGCAAGCAAUUCAACAUUCUUCAAGAAGGGGCACUCACAUUAUACUGCCUAAACAUAAUGCUCCAUGGCUUUGGGGAAUACAGCAUAAGAUAAGAAUCGAGUAUGGCGUUAAACGUGUGGAAUGUGUAGUUUUUGUCACCCCUCUUGAAUUUCACUCUCUUUGAAUAUUCCUUCUUUCCUUUUUUUAGUGUUUGUACUAUAGAGCAGCUAUGACUUCUGUCUCAAUGAAUUUUACAUUACUACUUCAAUACAAUAACAAGAUUCUUUCUUUAAGUGUA